CUACUACUUUAGUAGGCUGUUUUGGGAGGUUAAGAAUGUUAGAACAUGCACCUUCUUGUUUAUUGCAAAAAACAUGAAAACUAUCGGGGAAGAACUAAAAGUGUCUUUGGUGUAUGUUGAUCCAUACGAAGGAGAUGCAGCAAUCGAGCUUAAACGAAUUCAGCACAAUUUGAAGCAGAGUAUAACGCAUCAACUGAUCACAAAUCAAAGCAAAUUCUCAACCACACAUCCCCAAAAGCAACUUCCACCACCAUCAUCACACAACCGCAGUCCCAGGUUUUCCAGUUUUCAAAAUUUCGUAGAUACCAACAUCGUACCAUUGCUAGUAGUCGGAGGGUUUAUUGGAAUAGUUAUACUGUAUCGCACAUUUUUCCUUCAAAACUACAUUUGCGUUUGCCCUCGGCCAACGUGCUAUGGAUACUCGUCAAGGCUAUGGCGUUACAUUCUCGAUCAGCUCGGGUACGAGGAUACUCCACACUAUUAACAUCCUUACGCUCCUCUAACAGAAAUCGUGCAAGGAUUCGUCAAGACAAGAACCAUCCACUACUUUGACAUCGACAUUACACUGCCGAAGUAGUGAUUUAUUGGAAUUAAUUAUGAAAAUUCGAGGCGAGCACGAAUGUGUCACACGGUGCCAACCACCCACGGCCCAAUCGCCCAGUAAAGGUAUGCAAUGGAUGAAUGAGGAUA